AAAUCAUACGCGAUCUACAUUUACAAAGAUGGAGUCGGCGCAUGCCAGCCUGGCCAGCCAUUUGAGGUGGGAUUCUCCACAGACAGUGGGAUCAAGAAUGUGCAGUUUGACACAAAGACAGUAAACUUGGCCACUGUGAAAGGAAAUACUGGUGAGAUAGGAGGUGUAGCCUUUGAAACUGGCAGUACAUUAAGUGGGAGUCAGCUGUGCCAGAGGUACCUGUGCAAACAUUCAGAUCUGGUAUCCAACCGACAUUUCCAAGCCGAGAUUGAUGAGCUCUACAAGUGUCCAUGCACGCUUGACCGGCUGGGAUUGCAGUGGCAGCUGGUCAGAGAAGACAAGAGCACACAGUGUUAUGCUAUCAGUGCAGUAGCCAAGAGAAGACUGUUACGGACCAACCAGAGAAACAGGCUUUGCUGUUACUCAUGGAAGCCUCCAAAGAGCAACAGUUGGAAGGACUGGUUUGAAUCUUGGCAGGCUGGCUCCUUCCUUGGAACUGGGCAGUUACUCAUUAGUGACCCCUGGCAAUUCUCAUCCUCAUUCAGCAACCCAAGGGCUUAUGAAGAUGCUCAGGAAAACAUGCAGGCUCGUACCUGGUGCUGUGGGAAAUCCCCAUUAAAGUACUGCCAGAGAUUUAACACAAUCUUUGGGGACCUUCAGUGCACACCAUAUCCAGUCUUUGUUCCUGCAUCAGCCCUUGGUGAUCCUACCAUUGUGACCCUGGACAAUUCUAGCUAUGCCAUGAAUGGCUGGGGAGAAUAUGUUCUGAUGGAUGUCCCAAGUGAGAGCUUUAAACUUCAGGCCCGCACACAGAGGAUAGAGAUCAAUGGGACAUUAUCCAAUGGAACUGUGUUCUCAGCUUUUGCUGCUCAAGAGAAACACUAUGCCAGGUUUCAAGUACAGCUGUCACAGACAAACACAAGCAUGGUGAUUUUAGUUGAUGGGAUGGAUCUCACCAACAAGUUCUACAGGGAUGCAGGUUUCACUUGGUCCACGGAUUACAUCAACGUUGUCAGGAGAAAUGAAAGUGGCAAGCUCCUUGUGGCAGCAACAUUCCCCUGUGGUGUGUCCAUCAAAGUGCAUGUGGGUCUGAACAGUCUGGAGAUUGACUUAGAGGUGGACGUGUCUCUGCGAAACAAAACAAGAGGUCUCCUAGGCAACUUCAACCAAAAUCCCUUAGAUGAUUUCCUGUUAGCAAAUGGCACUGUACUCUCUCCCAACAUCACAGAGAGACAGAUCUUGCAGGGUUUUGCUAAUCAGUACCUGGUAACUGAGGCCACAUCUGUAUUUAUAUACAACAAAGGGGAGAGCACCAAAGAUUAUCAGCAUCCAGAGUUUGUCCCACAGUUUGUGGAUGAAACUGAUCCAGAUCGAUUGGCGGAUGCAAAGAGAAUUUGUGGGGAGAGCAAUAAAGCCUGCAUUUAUGACAAAAUUGCUACAGGGAAUACCGAUUUUGCAAGAAAUACCAAAGAGGGAAAGGAAGCCAAUGACUUUAAAAUACAAAGUUUCAACAACACCCCACCCACAAUAAGUUUGUCGGUCAGCAACAACAUCAACAACAACAGCUGGCUGGUGACUGAGGGAAAGCCAAAUUCUCUCAGAGUGGAAGCACAUGAUAGUGAUGAUGGUGACCAAGUCACUUAUGAGCUGCUAGAGAAUGCCACUGGAGUGGUUCUUUAUCAGAAUGGAACUGUCACCUACACACCAAAUCUUCAAGCUCCUGUCAGUCUUGGCAUUCAAGCCAGGGAUUCUAAAGGUGCCUACUCCCCAAUUGUGAGAAUCGCCAUAGCUGUAUGUCCAGUCUGUAGUCAACAUGGGACCUGUAGCACCACCGACACCCAGGCUGAGUUCCUGGAGGGACAGUUCCAGAUAUUCAAGUGCAACUGUUACCCUGCCUACACAGGUGACAAAUGUGAGUCUGAGCUGGAUGCCUGUAAGUUAUCUCCCUGCCUAGAGGGACAGAACUGCACUGAUCUGACAGCAGCUGAGCAGGGAAACAACUCUGUUGGCUACAGUUGUGGGCCUUGUCCUACAGGGACUAAAGAAGUCAAUGGGUCAUGUGAAGAUAUAAAUGAAUGCCUGGAGAGCACACUAUGUGAGCAAGAGUGUCUGAACACGUACAGAUCAUACAGUUGUUUUUGCAGGCCAGGGUAUAGAGUCAGUCAGACAGACAGCCGAGCUUGUACUGACAUUAAUGAAUGUGAAGAGAGAACCUCCGGCUGUACACAAGAGUGCACCAACACAGAGGGAAACUACACAUGUUCAUGUCAACAGGGCUAUACACUUGGCUCUGACUGGAAAUCGUGCAUCAUUGAAUGUGAAAGCCCCAACUUUGGAGACAACUGCUCCAGCACCUGUGAGUGUCGAGGUAGAGGGACCUGUGACAAUGUCCGGGGAUGUGUCUGUGAUGAGUCCUGGUCAGGAAGCAACUGUGAACAAGAUGUGAAUGAGUGUGCAGACCCUGACAGAUGUGCUGAUGGACUAGUCUGUGUCAAUGAGCCCGGUUCUUUUAGCUGUGUCUGUCCAGAUGGUUACUUGAUGGUCAGUGGAGUUUGUACAGACGUUGAUGAAUGUACAGACUAUAAGAAUCGCUGUGAUCUGAAUGUGGAAGAUUGCUAUAACAACAUUGGCAACUACAGCUGUCAAUGUAAGGAAGGCUACACAAGAAAUCUGGCUACAGGGCUUUGUGAAGACAUUGAUGAGUGUGCCAGCCACAAUGAUGGCUGUGAGCAUCUCUGUGAGAAUGGGCCUGGCAGUUACAGAUGUGUGUGUAAUCAGGGAUACAGACUGGCUGCUGACCAACACAAGUGUGACCAGUAUAAAACAGUGUGUAACCUAAACUGCAGCCAUGGAUGUAGUCUUGCAGAGAAUGGAACUGCAUUCUGUAUCUGUCCCCGUGGAUACACAAGUAUUGGCACAAAUGCUUGUCAAGACAUAAAUAAGUGUCUGUCACAAGAAGAAAAUCAGUGUGAUCACAAAGACAGAUGUACAAACACAGACGGAGGCUACACUUGUUCCUGUCAACCUGGCUACAGGCUGGAGAAUGAUGGCAGGAAGUGUUCAGCCUGCAGUGGUGGAACCUGGGGCGUACAGUGUAACAGAAGCUGUUCUUGUGGGAAGGGAGCUAUUCGUUGUGACCCAGUGACGGGAUGUAUCUGUAAACCUGGAUACACAGGAGAACACUGCACUGAUGUCAUUGACAGAUGUGCUAACGGAGAACUGACAUGUCAAACAAAUGAAGAAUGUGUCAUUGCUGGCGGCAGCUCUGUCUGUCAGUGUCGCAAGGGAUUUGUCUGGGUCAGUGGACUGUGUCAAG